GUUCCUCCAAUCAGAAUUCGCAGCGCAUGAUUUCGAACAUCAACGUUCCCGACGGAAGAUACGCCAGAGAAGCAACUCACACAAAAUACACCACAUACCCCUUGUCUGACCUGAAAUAGCUGCUGGUUCAUCUUAUGAUAGUUGUAAAUAAGUAGGUAAGACGUACGCUGUGUUUUGGUGAAGCUCGGCGUAGUAUGGAGAAAAACGUUAACCCUUAAUCAGCUGAUAGACUUUACACUGGACGUUGUGGAUGUGUGACUGAUACUGCGCAUCCCAGUCAUGGUUCGGGAACGGGUGGUGCAGAAGAAGUCCUUCCAGCAGAGUCUGGACGACAUCAAGGACAAAAUGAAGGAAAAGAGAAACAAACGUCUCUCCAACGCUUUAGCUGCCAGCCGCGGCCUGUCAAAGCUGAACAACAAAAACACAGCUACAGUGAAGCCAUUUGUGCUGAAGAGCGUCCAGGUAAAUAACAAAGCUCUUGCAGUUGCCCUGCAGACAGAGAGAGAGAAGGUACGGCAAGCGCAGGGGAUCAUCCUUCAGCUCAAGAAAGAAAGGCAAGCACUCAUCUUUCACUUGCUGAUGCUGAAGAGGACGAUUAAGGAUCGGGGAGCUGCUGAAAGUGCCCAGGUUUCUUCUCCUGUUGAGACAAGCCCACCAAGUUCACUGCAGCCCAUCAGUCCCAAACCAGUACUUGUGGUUGAGACUAUCCAUGAUCAUCACUCAGCAGAACCGCCUUUUACUGCAGAGGCUGCUUCGGGUUGCCGCAGUGACAGACUGGUUUCAUUGCCCCCCACAGUAGGAACAAGGCGAAAGAGACACUCUGAGAUUGAGAGGCGACAAAGCUCACGUUUUGACUCUGGCACUGUCAAGAAAUGUGACAUGAUGGAUGUGAGAAGAGAAGAGACUAUUGAUAACAGACAAGAGGUGGGGCUAAACACACCAUUGGAGGAGGUGUGCAAUGAAGAGGAGUCAACUGGUCAAAAAACAGGGCCGAACUGUGAGUUGAACCUAGAGAUUUCUGAUCUCCCAGCUGUUCAGCACUCGACGCCUGAGCCCCCCCAGCGGACUACUAGACAACCAAAGAAGAAACCUACCCAAGCCGCUCCCCGCCCCAAACCAGAGCGGGGGCGCAAACCAGACCGAGCCCCAUUGAAGAAACCAUGGGAAAACCCCAAACCCCGUGCUCGCUCCAAGAGCAGGGACCGAUGUCAGAGUCAUGCAAGAGUGGCACUUCCACCUGCUGAUCGCCUUAACUCCUCAUUGGGUGGCAAUGACACCUUUGAUUUUGACUGUGAAGAGGCCGUCCAUCUAACGCCUUUCAGGGCAGGAACCAAAGUUGUGGAGAAACAAUCACCUGAUGCUCCGGAUAAAGAGGACAAGGUAUUGCCCAGUCCUGUUGAGAUGGAGACCAACAACAGCCUUUCAGAAAAUGAACAGGAUGCAGAUGAUUCCCCUUAUGUACCAAAGAGGAGAUCCAAAAGAGCUCGUAGUCCAGCACCCAGACGGGCUCGCUCUAAAAGGCGGUCUGUACAAUCGGCCAGAGAAAACAGAGGAAAAGAAAAUACUUCCCAAAAGCAGGACGAUGUUGAAAUACAGCAUAGAGAAAAAAAUAUGCCUGAAACUAAGGAAAUUGACCUGCACCUCAGCAAUGGUCUUCUGCUCCCAUCUUCACCAGUUUGUGUUCCUCCUGAAAAUCCUUGCCAAUCAGACCCAAGCAAAGAGAUCUGCCUAGCGCCACCUUCUGCUGUUUCAGUGGAGUCUCUGAUCCCGAUUACUCCUGGUGGAGAGGCAGAGCUUAUGAUGGUUGACUGCCCAAUAUUUGAAUUUCCAAAGCGCUUUAGUAACUCACCCAACCAGGAAAAUGAAAUGGCUUUGGUGAAUAGAGGCAGAAGAAAAGGUGGGCUGGUUGUUCGCUCCUUUUUCGGCUUGGGUUUGAGUGAUGUGACAAAUCUCUCCCCCGCAGCCUAUCAGAAGCCCAUGUCUGCUCAAAACAGCCCUCAAAGCUCCUCUCGUAAGCGCCGCUGUACGAGUACGGUCAACUACAAGGAGCCCUCCAUCAACACGAAACUUCGACGUGGAGACAAAUUUACAGACACUCGUUUCCUACGUUCCCCCAUCUUCAAACAGAAACCCACUUCCCGCCGAAGUUCACUUAAAAAGAUGGAAUUAUAUAAUGAGUCUUUUGUGGGAUGUCGCUGAAUAACUGAUGUGACCUUAUUAGGCUUUUGUAGCAUGAUUUCUGCCCAGCGUGAACCUUUGUAUUAUUUUUAACCGUUACAUAAGUGAUUUUAAAUCUCAUUAAUUGUAAAUAUUAAUAAAGUUUGCCUUUUAACAGUCA